AUGUCAAAAGCUGAUCAUUCAAUCCGAGUUUUACCACUCCGUUCAAUUCAAGAAUUUGUUGGAGGUAAUGAAUGGUCAAAACCAACAUUUGAUCCUAAAGAAUUUGGUGAACUUCAAAAACAUAUUGUUUCAAAUUUAAUCUAUUUUCAAUCAAACUACGGUGCUAUUAUCAUACCUUUUCUUUUAUUAAUCGCCUUUUUUCGUCCAUCGGCAAUCAUUUUUGGUCUUAUUGUUAUUGCUAUUCUCGUUGCUGGUUAUGUCUAUUCAACUCGCCAAAAAAUUGCAUUACCACCAUUUUUACAUGAUCGACCAAUUUUUAUUCUCUUACUCGUUCUUGUAACUGCGUUUAUGAUUAUUCGAAUGUUUGGAACAGUUUUUAUCUUUGUAAUUGGCAUUGCUCUUCCAUUAGUUUCAAUCGUUGCUCAUGCAACAGCCCGUAAAACAUCAUUAAAAAAUAAGGCAGAAAAUACAGCUGAAAAUCUUUCAUUACAAGCUACUCCAAUGGGUCUCUUCCUUAGUUGGUUAGGUGCAAAAGCAGAAGAACAACAACAACAACAACAACAAUCAUCUGUACCACCAACCAAACGCCGAUAG